AUGGGCAUAGAGACGUGGAAGACUUUCCCGAAGAUCCUCACGGAGUACCCGAAACACGGUGUGCCGCUGCCGUGCUCUGACCAAAAUCCCCGACUGCGGUGCCCGGAGACGCGGUGGGCCCGUGACUUCUGCCUGGCACAGGGCGGUAGCUGCGAGUACAAGAUAGAGGCCCACUUUGAUUGCUUGGAGCAGUACUACCCGAGGGAGAAGGUGUUGGAGCUGCGCAAGGCAUUCAAACCCAACACGCUUGAUUACCCGACUAGCGACACAUACAUCCGCUAUCGACACUUUUACGUUGGCGCUGCCUGGUCUGGUGGCAAGCAUGGCUGGGAAGGGACAAUGUAG